GCGGGACGUGGAGGCAGACGGGGCAGUCGGGGGAGGCAACGACUACAACAACGGAGACGAAGGCGAGUGCGAAGCACAGGACGACGAGUCGGGGGACGUGUUUCCGGUGCGGAAGGCAAGCAUGGGCAGUCGGGCCGGUAACAGCAGGGCUUCCGCAUCAACUGCUAGGCAUGGAAAGAAAGCGGUGGGUGGUGGUGGCGAGGCCGAAGGCGACGAGGAGGGGGAGGGUGGCCAGAACUUCUGGUCGGUGGAGCACAUGGUCGCCCUCAUCAGGGCGAAGCGGGACCAGGACGCGCAACUGCAGAUGGCGGGCCACGCAUUCGCUUGGAUGAAGGGGAGGGAAUGGAAGUGGGCGGACGUUUGUGAGAGGUUGUUGAAAAUCGGCGUGGAUAGGCCGGCAAACAAAUGCGGGAAGAAGUGGGAUAAGUUGAUGCAACAGUUCAAGAAGGUGCAUUGCUUCCAGGGCGAGUCUAGGAAGGAGGAUUUCUUCCAGCUGUCGACAAAGGAGAGGCUGCCGAGGGGGUUCAAUUUCAACAUGGAUCGGAAUGUCUACGAAGAGAUCAAGGGAUCGACUGCAAGGAGUCAUACAAUACACCUGCAGAAUGUCGCAGACAUCGGCCGAGCAGGAGGUGUGCAACUUCCAUCCGGGUCUUCUGGCAGUCCAAAAUUUGUCGGCGAUGGGGAUACAGUUGGCGAUGGCAACGAUGAAGAGGACAGCUCGACGAGGGGUUGUUCGCAGACCACGAAAAGCCCUGGCAGUGCACGGAAAAGAAAGAACAUGAGGCAACAGACUUUCGAAGCCCUCACCGAGUGUAUGGAGAAGCACGGGAUGUUGAUGGCCUCGACCAUGGAGAGCGCUAGCGAGAGGCAGUGCUCCAUCCAAGUUCGGCAGUGCGAAGCUAUGGAAGCGGAGCUGGAGGUGCAGAAGAAACACUACGUGGCAUCGGAUGAAGUGAGCAAGAUGAUGUGCCACACGUUGAUGGAGAUAGCGAAGGACAUACGAGAUCGGUAGACGUCGUGGUCAGGAAGAGACUGCCUAGGCGAAGGCGUCGACGUUUGUCCCGUGUUCCGGGCGAGAUGCCAGAAAUGCAGAGUGCCCCCUCCGUAGUUCGUCCUCUAUGCUAGCUUUGUGCCCGAUUACAGGUCGAAAACGACCGACAUUCGCCCUGUGCAAGACGUCUGCAUAGCUGGGUGGGCGUUUUGGAUGGGUUGUGUGUUCCUUUCAUUCAGAACAUCGCCGAAGGCAAAUGAUGGCCUUGUUUGUUUUAGGAAUAAUUUCUUUUUUUGGUAAAUUUUCUGGCUUUCGUGGUCUAAGUGGCGAUGGCUACCCAUUAG